GAACAUCCCUAAUUGUCCUACGCCCGCCAUUUUUACAGGCUUUUUUGAUACUACGGUGUUGGACGCCCUAAACAAACUUUACACUACAGAAGUAUUUUAGAAAUUAGGGCGUAAUUUUCCACUGGAAGAUAGUCUAAGAUGUCGCAGUUUAACUUUUUGAAUGAAAUAAACAGCGCUUUAACGAUGGAUGGAGAAAUAACGCGAGGUCCUGCACCGCGGUGGCAAAAAAAAUUGGAAGCGUCUGCAUUGGCGAACAGUCUUAACGGAAGUAUAAAUGCGUCCCGUUCGGUGCUAUCUAUGUCAUACAACACCAGUUUUUCUGGAGUAAAUCCACCAACAAAGACGCCUCGAAAAGUUGGAGGCGAGGCAAAGAACAAGAAAACGCCAACACCUAACAAAGGCGCAAAGACUCCAAGUGGAGGCGACCGCUUCAUCCCUAAUCGCGGAACCAGCAAUUUCGAGCUUGGCCAUUAUUUGAUUAAACAGGAGCAAGAAAAAUCGGAAAAUGAUGGCAAUGACAAUAGCAACAAUGCUAGCAAAAAGACACCAUCAAAGAUUGCACGACAGAAAUUGAUUUCUGAGACUCUACAAGUUGGUGAUACAAAGACGACGCGCAUUUUAUGCUAUCAAAACAAAGCACCCGCUGCACCAGAAUCUCAUCAAAAUCCGUUAAAAGUUGUUUACUCAAUUAACACGCCUAUAUCUACUAAGAGUGGCUCUCGUUAUAUUCCCACCACUUCGGAUCGAAUACUUGAUGCCCCUGACAUAAUUAACGAUUACUACUUGAAUCUAUUAGAUUGGAGUGCUGAUAAUAUUGUUACAGUGGCUUUGGGAAAUGCAGUUUAUUUAUGGAAUGCAGCAACAGGCAAUAUAGAACAGCUGGUGGAGUAUGAGGGAUCUGAUCAUGCGUGUUCUCUCUCAUGGAUACAGGAGGGACAAAUUUUAGCCAUUGGAAAUAAUACUGGUGCUGUGGAAUUAUGGGACUGUUCGAAGAUUAAACGUCUGCGUGUAAUGGAUGGGCAUUCGGCACGUGUUGGCUCUUUGGCAUGGAACUCAUUUUUAGUAACAUCAGGCAGUCGCGAUGGGUCUAUCAUACACCAUGACGUACGUGCCCGGGAACACAAAGUAGCCACACUAAACGGUCACACACAAGAGGUGUGCGGACUUAAAUGGUCUACAGAUUUUAAACACCUUGCUAGUGGAGGUAAUGACAACUUAGUUAACGUAUGGGCGGCGGUAAGCGGGGGUACUGGCAGUGGUACAGAACCGUUACACGUACUAAACGAACAUCAAGCGGCGGUAAGAGCGUUAGCAUGGUGCCCUUGGCAGCCAAAUCUUUUAGCUAGCGGCGGUGGGACUGCAGAUCGUUGCAUUAAAUUUUGGAAUGUCAACAAUGGCUCAUUAAUUAACUCAGUUGAUACAAAAUCGCAAGUUUGUGGCCUUUUAUGGUCGCGUAACUACAAAGAACUGAUUUCUGCUCAUGGUUUUGCACACAAUCAGUUAACGAUAUGGAAGUAUCCUUCAAUGGUAAAACAGGCUGAGUUAACUGGGCAUACUUCGCGUGUACUGCAAAUGGCAAUGUCGCCUGAUGGCAGCACGGUAAUAAGCGCUGGUGCAGAUGAAACUCUUCGCUUAUGGCUUUGUUUUGUGCCAGACCCGCACACUGCAAAAAAAACAGCACCAAGCAAGGCUAAGCAGAGCGCCUUCCGACAGAGCAUACGAUAAACUCGAGCAAGUUAAAUACUACAAGUACUACAAGCAUACAUAAAUUCUCAUAUGAUAUUUCCGAUACACAUGAUUCAUUUGAAGAUGGAAAAAUUCAUGUCUGCAUAUUUUAAUAGUAUUGUAAUUAUAAUUAAUUAAUUAAAAGUAAUUAAAUUAAAAUUUGAGUAGAGACAUUUUUAUGUUUUCAUUGUAAUAUGCAAAAAAGCACUCAUUUUGUAAUUUUUAUCAUCAUUAACAUUGUAUUUUCAUUUGGUUUGCGUUUAGUAUUUUUUAUACAUUUGCAAUUAGUACAGAGAGUUUAAUGCAUUCGCUAUCUCAGGAAUGUUAUGAAUCAGUACUAGUACCUCAAUUUGUAUAAUAAUAAAUUUGUAU